CUAACAUGAAUAAACAAAACACCUAGAUCCAUCAUUCAUCCAUCCAUCCAUCCAUCCAUCCAUCUAUAAUCCAUCCAUCCAUCUUCCAUCCAUCCAUCCAUCUAUAAUCCAUCCAUCCAUCUUCCAUCCAUCCAUCCAUAAUCCAUCCAUCCAUUCAUCCAUUAUCAUCCAUCCAUCCAUCCAUUAUCAUCCAUCCAUCCAUCCAUUAUCAUCCAUCCAUAAUCCAUCCAUCCAUCCAUAAUCCAUCCAUCCAUCCAUCAUCCAUCCAUCAUCCAUCCAUCCAUCCCUCCGUCUCCAGCUGUAGAGGGAGGCCGGCCCCCUCGUCCUCUGGUCCCGCCUCCUGUCCUUCCAUUGGGCCGCUGGAGGCUCCGAGCUGCGGGGAGCAGCGCUGCGGCUGUUAGACUCUUAGCGGCGGAGCGCAGCGUGAUCGUCAGGCAGCUCAGCGGGACUCGGCGGGCCCGUCAGCCGAAUCUUCCCUCUGCAUCCACCGGAGCACCGAACGAUGCCAGGGCCGGCACCGGAGCGCGCGGCGGCGCACUGAUCCGCGGUUCCGCGUCCUGCUCCUCGGCGCACCUGCGGCGGCGCGUCGGGGUCCGGUCCGGGCUUCCGUGGAGGGAUGUGGCGAUGCUGUGCACACGGAGAACUAAAACUUUGGUGUCCACCUGCGUGAUCCUGAGCGGGAUGACCAACAUCGUGUGUCUCCUGUACGUCGGAUGGAUCACCAACUACGUGGCCAACACCGGGGGGAAAGUUACCGAGAGCGGCGGAGGCGGAGGAGGCGGCGGGGAGGACCGAAAGUUGGAGGAGGACGGGAAAGGAGAGACGCUGAGGAUUAUAGAGAGGCUGGAGCGGCUGGAGAGCGUCGUCAACGAGCACAUUAAAGACAUGCCCCAGAAGGACGGUGAUGACUCUGCGUCCUCGUCAGACUCCGCCUCUGACUCCGCCUCCUCGCUGUUCAGCCACUGGGGUCGUGACCUUGGACCGGAGAGCCGGAGGGCGGCGCUCAUGAAGUUCCGUUACUACGGAUACAACGGUUACCUUAGCGACCGCAUCUCCCUCACCAGACCGAUCCCAGACCUUCGGCCGGACGGAUGCAGGAACAUGUCGUACUCUCCAGACCUUCCUCAGCUCAGCGUCAUCUUCAUCUUCGUCAACGAGGCGUUGUCGGUUCUGCUCCGGUCCGUCCACACGGCCAUCCAGAGGACGCCGAGGAAGCUGCUGAGAGAGAUCAUCCUGGUGGACGACCACAGCAGCAGCUUGGAGCUGAAGGAUCACCUGCAGAGCUUCGUGGAUGAGACCAACUCUCAGCAUGGUCCUGGUUUCAUCAAGGUGGUCCGACAUGACAAACAGGAAGGUCUGAUCCGGUCCAGAGUGAGCGGCUGGAGGGCAGCUUCUGCUCCGGUGGUCGCUCUGUUCGAUGCCCAUGUGGAGUUCAACACCGGAUGGGCGGAACCGAUUCUGCAGCGAAUAAAGGAGGACCGGACUCGAGUUGUGUCUCCGUCCUUCGACAACAUCAAGUACGACACGUUUGAGAUUGAGGAGUACCCGCUGUCUGCUCAGGGCUUCGACUGGGAGCUGUGGUGUCGCUACCUGAAUCCGCCCAAGUCCUGGUGGACGCAACGCAACCACACGGCUCCCAUCAGGAGCCCUGCUCUGAUUGGCUGCUUCGUGGUCGACAGGAAGUACUUUGAGGAAAUCGGUCUGUUGGAUGAAGGGAUGGAGAUUUACGGCGGAGAAAACGUGGAGCUCGGCAUCAGGGUGUGGCAGUGCGGCGGCAGCGUAGAGGUGCUUCCCUGCUCCCGGAUCGCCCACAUCGAGCGCGCUCACAAGCCCUACACCGAGAACCUGACGGCCCACGUGAGGCGCAAUGCUCUGCGGGUCGCCGAGGUCUGGAUGGAUCAGUACCGGAGCCACGUGUUCAUGGCCUGGAACGUUCCUCUGCAGAACUCCGACAUCGACAUCGGAGACGUCUCAGAGAGGAAAGCUCUUCGCUCCAGGUUGAAGUGUCGUCCGUUCAGUUGGUUCCUGUCCAACAUUUACCCGGAGCUGCGGUCGUACGGCGACACGGUGGCCUACGGAGUGCUGAAGAACAGUCUGAGGGAGGAUCUGUGUUUGGACCAGGGCCCUGACUCCGACAACGUUCCCAUCAUGUACCUCUGCCACGGCAUGACGCCUCAGCAGAACAUCUACUACACCAGCUCCCAGCAGCUCCACCUCGGCGUCCUCAGUCCCACCAUCGACGACGACGACAACAAGUGUCUGGUGGACGUCAACAGUCGGCCGAGGCUGCUGGAGUGUAGUUACGCUGCCGCCAAGCACAUGAAGCUCACCUGGACCUUCACUCAGGGCGGAUCCAUCCAGAACUCGGAGUCUCAGCGAUGUCUGGAGCUGGUGGAGAGUCGACAGUCCGAGUUCAGCUUCCAGCUCGUCCUCCAGGACUGUAGCGGCCAGAAGUGGACCAUCACCAACAUCCUGACGGUGCUGCCGCAGUGACCCAGUGAAACCAGUGACCCAGUGAAACCAGUAACAAUGGUCUGGAGUCCAGUCAGGAACAAACCGACCAGAGCAGCAGAACUUAAGAGUCCAAGAAAUGAGUUUCCACAGCGACUCUGUUGUUAUCGAGCUUCAGUGGCAGAACAUCAGUCAGCUAACAAACCAGUAAAACCAGUAAAACCUCCAGUUCUGCAGCCGUAGACAGAAAUCCAGUCGCUUUAUUCAGGAGAUGAAUCAGAUCAUCAGUGUGGACGUUUCAGGAGGAGAACUGGGACGGAAACCACGGGAUUUAUGUCAGAAACAACAAAAUGUAUGUCGAAAAUAGAACAUUUUGUCAUAAAACCGAAGAUUUAUGUCAAAAAAUAGAAAAUAUUUAUCAAAAACUCGAAAAUUGUCGUAAGACUGAAGAUUUAUGUCCAAAAUCUGAAAAUUUCUGUCGUAAAACAAAAAAAUUAUGCCCAAACCCAGAGUUAUGGCAAAAAAUAUGAAAUUUAUGUCAAAAAACUAAAUAUUUGUCUUAAAACUGAAAAUUUCUGUCAUAAUCUGAAAAUUUAUUUCAAAAAAAGAAGAUUUAUGUGGAAAGACCACAAGAUAUAUAUCAUAAAUCUGAAAAUGUGUCAUAAACUGAAGACUUAUGUUAAAAAAAAUGAAGAUUUAUAUCAUUAAAGAGAAAAUUUAUGUCAAAAUCCAGAAGAUUUAUGUCAAAAAAUAGAACAUUUUAGUCAUAAAACAGAUUUAUGUCCAAAAUCUGAAAAUUUAUCUUAAAAAAAAAAAACAAAGAUUUAUGCCAUAAAACAAGAUUUGUCAAAAACUGAAAAUUUGUCGUAAAAUGGAAAAUUUGUGUCAUAAAACUAAAGAUUUAUGUCAAAAAACUGAAAAUUGAAGGCAAAAGCAAAAGACGUGUCAAAAAAAUUUAACGUUUUUGUGAAAAACCGGAAGAUUUGUGUCAAACAUCAGAUGAUUUUCUGUGUAAUUAUAGAAAAACUCCCAGAGAUAUUCCAGAAUAAAUCAGUGAUCACAGGAUGGAUUCAGAUGAAACUGAAGCUCAACUAUUUAAUUAUUUAAUCUCCUUUCAGACACAAGAAACUGAAUAUUAAUGUGUUUAAUGUUUCUCACAGCUUCAGUAUUGGUCAUAAAACAGUAAAAGUGGCAUAAUAAUAGGAACAUCCGAAUACAUAAAGGACUAAAUCUAACCCAGAACCUUCAUGAUGAUCAGAUGUAAUAUAAUAACAAUAAAUCUGCUUCCAACCUGUUUCACAUGAAGGUAAAUUAGAGCUUUACUGAUGACUAAAACCCUAAAAAAGACCAAAUCCAGCAGCAGAAAUAACCGAGCUGCUCUUGUUCUUCUGUAAUAAAACCAACAGUUUCUCCCACACACUUCUGAAGAUUUAGGAUCAGAGGAAAUAAUUGAAAAAGGCGGCGUGGGCGGAAAAUGAAGGCGCAGAUAUUUACGGUUUCAGGAACAUCCUCCUCCAAAAAAUACAAGGAACAAGAAAAAACCUGAAACUGGAGCAUGAAACGAAAGAUAGAGGAACUAAACGGAUGAAAAGUUCAAAUUAAACAUGUGGAAGCCAAGAGUUAUGUCAAAAAAUGAAGAUUUGUCAUAAAAUACAAGAGUUAUGUCAAAAAAUGAAGAUUUAUGUCAAAACCUGAAGAUUUAUGUCAGAAAACUGAAGAUUUAGGUCAAAACCAGAAGAUUUCUGUCAUAAAAAAGACAUGUCAUAAAAAGAAAAUUUAUGACAUGUCAAGAUUAAUGACAAGAUUAAUGUCAAAAACGAAAAGAUUUAUGUCAUAAAGAGAAGAUUUAUAUAGAAAACAAGAUUUAUGUCCAAAAAAAGAUUUAGGUCGUAAAACUGGAAAUUUCUGUCAAAAAACAGAAGAUUUAUGUCAUAAAACUAAAGGUUUAUGUGAUAAAACUAUAAGAUUUAUGUCAUAAAAAGAAGAUUUAUGUUCAAUACAAGAUUUCUGUCAAAAACCAGAAGAUUUCUGUCAUAAAAAGAAGAUUUAUGUCAUCAAUCAUAAACAUUUUGUUUAGAGACAAAAAGAUCCCACCGGUGCAAUAAUCUAAUAAUAAUAUUAAAAAUUAGAACGAUGUUUUCUUUAUUCUCAUGUGUUACCAGAUCUUUUCUUCAUCAGAAGCACCUUAAAAUCAUUAUUUCCUGUUCGCUGACGUCUCUAAACUCGCCUUUAUCAGCCUCAUGGUCGAAUGUUCUGCUCACACGAAUGAAUGAAAUGAAAGAAAAUCCAGUUCGAACCCUGAAAAUCAAUCAGACGGGUGAGAAACACGAUCAGUCGGAUGAUCCAACGUAGUUUAAACAAGUUUUCUGGAGGAGAAAACUCUGACAGAACAAGCUAGACAUGUGGUACAUCAAAAACUAGAAGAUUUAUGUCCAAAAAACAGAUUUAUGUCAAAAACUAGAAGAUUUAUGUCCAAAAGGAUUUAUGUCAAACAAUUGUAAAUUGGUCAGAAAACAGAAAAUUUGUCAAAAACCAGAAGAUUUAUCUCAUAAACUAGAAAACCUAUGUCAUAAAUACAGAAGAUUUAUGUCAAACAAUUCAAAAUUUGUCAUAAAACAGAAAAUUAAUUUUAAAAAUUGAAGAUUUAUGUCAAAAAAGAAGAUUUAUGUCAAAAACUACAAAAUUUAUUACAAAAGUUUUAUGUCAUAAAUCUGAAGACUGGUGUCAAAACCAAAGGAUUUUUCUCAUUAAACUGAAGAUUUAUGUCAUCAAAAAAAAGAUUUAUGUCAAAAAACAGAAAAUUUGUCAAAAAGUGGAGAUUUUUGUCAUAAAAUAGAAGAUUUAUGUCAAAACCAAAUAUUUUUAUCAUUAAACUGAAGAUUUAUGACAUCAAAAAAGAAGAUUUAUGUCAUAAAAUAGAUUGUCAAAAAAGAAGUUUUAUGUGAAAAACAGAAGAUUUAUGUCAAACUAUAAAAUUUAUGACAAAAACCAGAAAGUUUUUGUCAUAAAAUGGAAAAUUUCUGUCAACAAAUAAGAUUUAUGUCAUCAAACAUAAGAUUUAUUUCAAAAAACAGAUGAUUUAUGUCACACAAUAGAAGAUUUAUGUCCUAAAACUGAAGGAAACCUGAUGAUCUGAGCUGUUCCUCCAUCUCUGAUGCACUGAUUUAACAUUUUAAAGAAUCCAGAUAAACGUUUGAUCCUCUAGAGAUCUUUGGUUCCUGCUGCCUCGGUGUUUGAUAGAACCUGGAUCUGGACAGAAAACAUGGAGAACUCCUGAACUUCCUGCUGGUAAACUCCCACUUCCUGUCUUCAGUGGGAUCUUCUGGUUUCAGACUUUUAGGCCUUUAAAGGUCGGACCGCCUGUUGAAAAGCAUUCUGGGUAAUAAAGUCAGCAGACGUUUUAUCUUUGCUGGAAAAGACAGAUUUUAUUCCAGAAACUCUUUUUGUUCCCUAAAAACUCUCCAGGAAAGAAGAACUUUCCAACCGACUGAAGAUGAAGACGUUCUUCUCUUCCUGGAGAAAGUCAGCACCCAAAGAAGCAUCCAAUAAUCAAUAAUCAAUCCAUAUUAGACGUUUGAUUUAUGGAGUUUAAUUUGUGCCUCAAUUCUGAACAUAUGAUGGGACGUUUUUCACUGCUGUCAUUUUACCUAAACGUGGACUUGCUUUCCUUCACUGUAAUCUUGGUUUUCCUCACUACUUGUGUGCUUUUCUUCAUUUUCAGCUCAUUUUCCCUCACUGUUUGUUAAUUUUCCUCACUGAUUGCUCAUUUACUCUCAUUAUGGACUUCUCUUCCUUCACUGUCGCCUCAUUUUUCCUCACUGUGGGCUCAUUUUCCUUCACUGUAAGUUUGAUUUUCCUCAUUGUUAACUCAUUUCACCUCAGUAUGGGCUUGUUUGUCUUCACUGUAGGCUCAGUUUUCCUCAUUGUUAGCUAAUUUCCUUCACUGUUUGCUCAUUUUUCCUCACUGUGAGGACAGCAAGCACCAUUUUCCCGCCCUUUUCCUUGUCCUUGUCCAGUCUUUUCCUCUCUACCAUCAAUAAUGUAAAAUUCUCCAAAUAUUCCAACAUAACAAACCUCCAUAGUUCUGUUUCCCACCUAGAGCUGGAGUUCCGUCUGAUAGCUGGUGUUUGGUUUGUAGUCGAAGGUGUUGAAUCCUGACAGAAAGUUACGAGGAUGCUUCUGUAAAUGUUUAGAUUUUGUAGAGAAAUGAUCAGAGAAGAAUUUCUUUGCACAAUUAUGAUUCCUUUACAUUUUCAUGUUUUAAAUGUCGCAGAAUUGUGGCACAAAUAUGCCUCCAUACAAGUGUUGGAGCCUCCUUACGGAUCGCUGGGGCCUCCGUAAGGAUCGUUGGAGCCUCCCUACGGAUCACUGGAGCCUCCGUACGGAUCGUUGGAGCCUCCUUACGGAUCGCUGGGGCCUCCGUAGGGAUCGUUGGAGCCUCCUUACGGAUCGCUGGGGCCUCCGUAAGGAUCGCUGGGGCCUCCGUACGGAUCGCUGGAGCCUCCGUACGGAUCGUUGGAGCCUCUGUACGGAUCGCUGGGGCCUCCGUACGGAUCGCUGGGGCCUCCUUAAGGAUCAUUGGAGCCUCCGUACGGAGCGUUGGAGCCUCCAACAAUCCGUACGGAGGCUCCAGUGCUCUAUAUGGAUCGUUGGAGCCUCCGUAAAGACCGUUGGUGCCUCCGUACUGAUCGUUGGAGCCUCCGUAGGGAUCGCUGGAGCUGCUUUAGCUGAUCGGACUCUUUCACCUCAAUCAUUUGCUCUACUUUUUUCUACCAGAACUUUUCAGUUAAACAUCGCUGCUCUGCGAUCAGUAACUCAGAAACCAGAUGAACUUUGAUUAUUGAUCGUGUGGAAGUUGUCCGAUGAGAAACUAUCGGCUACUGUGUAGCAUCAAACCUCGUGUCGACCUUCUGUUUUAUCUUCCUGCCUCAGGUUUGGAGAUCCUGAACUUUGAAAAUGUAUCUCAGUUUUUGGGAACGUCCAAUGAGCUAUUUUAUUAUUUAUUUAUUUUAUCAGUGUAUUUAAAGGGAUAUUUAUAGUAGUAAAAACCUGAUGUCAGUCCUG